CAAUUUGCAUUUUACUGUGAAUUUUAUCGCAUCUCGUUUAUUUUAACACGUAGUAAAGAACAAAGCGAACAUCGUUGUUGAAUUAUUUUAUAAAUUAAAUUUUAAUAAACAAAUCCUUUUAUGCAACAAUUGUAGUGCAAGUUUGUGAUUGUGUUUCUUGCCGCUUAGCGCUUUCGUUGAAGAAAAUUUUAAUGUAUUAAAGUUAAUAUUUACAACUGCUGCUAUAAAAAAUAUUAAAAAGUAAUAACAAUGCAACGACAAUUCACCUCUGGCAGUCGCCAAGCGCCUGACCCAUUUGACCAAUUUUUGGAGGAGAACAAUUUUUAUCGCAAGCACACAGCACGCGAUGCUUCAUGCCUGUUUCGUGUGAUUUCGGAGCAAAUGUAUGACACGCAGCUGCAUCAUUUGGCCAUACGCAAAAAAUGCGUACGCUAUAUGCGCAAGCAUCGUGACUAUUUUGCGCCGCUCGUUGAACGAGAUUUGGAUGAGUAUCUAGAUGAUAUGUCGAAACCUAAAACGUACGGGACCCUGAUCGAACUGCAGGCGGUUGGAUAUAUGUUCCAACGAAAUGUAUUGCUGUUUGAACCCUUUAACUUGGGCAAUUUUUAUAGUUCUCGCUCUUACUUCAAUGAUGUAUUUCGAGUAUUCUACACUCCCGAAAGACAUUUCGAUUCUGUUUUUACUUGUGACUAUAUAAAAGAUGCAGCUAUUUGCCAAGCCAUUUGCUAUGAAAUCAUCUACAAAGAUUUAUAUAUGUUGCCGGAUGUUGCAUUUGCCGUUGAGCACAUGUUACAUUCGCCAACUUUGGAUGCAAUGGAGUACACAUCCGAAAGCAAUGACGACGGCUACUGCACUCGUAUAGUUUUAACGGAUGGACGUAGUUUUCACUUUGAUUUGCCAAAUGAAACUAAUUGCAUUUUAGAAAAUUAUGAACUUUGCCAUUUCCAUCAUACGAAUUUUCCACGUUUAUCGGAUGAUUUGCAACGCGAAAUGAAGAUACACACAAAUUGCGAUGAUUAUGAAAAGUCUGCACUGUGUAAGACGGCGGAAUCAUUGCUCCCCCAUAAAUAUAUAUCUUGUGUGCGCCAAUUGUUGCAGGAAGGUAUAACACCGUUUCCAUAUAAAGUUGCCAAAGCGUUGGAUCCAAACAUGUAUCGGAAUAUCGAGUUUGAUGCCUGGAAUGAGCAGCGUAAAGAGCAAAAACUUCAAAACUGGUACAAUGGCGAUACAAAUUUUAAGGUACCGUACGAGUCAUUAACUCCGCUGCCACCGGAUCAAUUUAAGCCCUGGACACUGCCAUAUCGCUUUCAGCGUCAUAUGCAAAAAUAUAGUUCUGUACGCUUGACACGUCACUACAACUACCGUUUCAAACUGAACGGACAAUUUGCAUCUGCGCAUGAGUACUGUGCCGCCCCCUUGUCGCCCAAUAGUAAGUCAGCCGACUAUGUGCCUGGUAUAAUGGAUAGUGAUGUCAGUGAGAAAGACGAAAAGCAGCAUUAUGUUUCAGCUGCUUCACAUCAUCGCAACGGUUGCUACUAUAAAUUAAAACAAUAUACACAUUUUGAAAAUUUCCGUGCACAUACGGUUGAAUAUUGUGCAAUGCCACUAACGGUUGAGCAUGCGCCACGUGAGCAAGAAUCGAAAAGUGGCAAUACUUCUGCAACGCCAUCGCACGAGAAUCAGAACAAUGUGGCAGCACGCACUGUUGCACCAGAAACACGUAUUAAAACGGAAACAAACGUGCAACAACAACAACGCAUGGGAGCACCUGAAGAGUUGGUGGGUACUUUCAAUCCAAUCGAACAAUCGGCUGGCAUAGGCGCACCUGCAUUUAUUUUGCCCGAUUUUCAUUAUUUAUAUCCUGUACCUCAGUACGCGGCUGGUAUACCUGAGGAAUACUAUACAUAUGGUUAUGAUCCUGCAAUGCACCCACCACCCGCUACAGCGCUAAUGCCAACCGGUUAUUAUAUGUAUCCACCACCAGGUGCUCCACCAGCAACUUUUGCACCAGCUCCUAAUAAUUUUUACAUGCCAACUGCUGCGCCACUGCCACAACCACUCAUCACAGCGGCUACUGCUCCACAUCCACCAACAGCGGUAGCACCUAAUAUCGCUGCGCCAUUUUAUCAAACUAAUACGCAUUUCGGUAGCAUGACAUCAGCUGGUGCUGUCGAGACGCCUUCAAUGCAAAAUGCUGCAACGCAAGCGUAUGAAACGCCUAUCACUCAUAAUCGAAGCAGUGGACAAACUCCAAAUAUGAACACACCAGUAACUGGUCGCAUUAAUUGGGAUGCUAAGAAAUCGGUAGAUGUGAGUGGCGUAGAUUUGCCAACUGACGUUGCCACUCUGCGUCACUUUUACAACUUGGGUUUGGAGUAUCAUCUAAUGCAUAUGAAGCAACGUUGCAAUGAAGACAACACAGUGAAAACUACCGGACCACAAGGUACCACAAAAGUGAAUGGCGGAAAUCAAAAUGAAGAUCCUCCGUUAGAGCCAAAGCUUGAUUCUAACAAUAACAGCAUGCAGAAUCAAAAUUUGACUACACCGCAAACAAGCAACAUUAACGGUGGCAAUAACAUGUCGGGCAUUACACACACAACACAUCAUCAAAAUAGUAAUAAUAGUGGAACUGGUGGCGGCGGCGGCGUCAAUAGUGGUAGUAGUAAAAGUGGUGGUGGUCACAUGCACAGACGUUUUCCAUCCCGGUAUUACAACAGCAAUAAGGAGCGACCACUUUUUUUACGUAAUCAGAACAAUGCAAACAACCCUAAUGUCCACAGCUCAAAUAACCACAAUCAAAGUGACUACAAUAAUGGCAAUGGUAGUGUUGGUAAUAAGUAUGCCAGUUCGCUAAAAAGUAAUGGCGGUGGACACUAUAAUUCAAAUCGCAGCAAUACGCCAAAUUCAACACAUAGUCAUACAUCAGGUCACAAUGCAAAAGCUGUGAACCUAAACACCCCUGGCAUGGGUGGUGGUGUAUCCUCACUGGCGGUUUCAGUUGCCGAACAUGGCAUGCCAUCUCCGCAAGGAAACUUUGAUAACGCUAAUGGGGUUGGUAAAAUGAUAACACAUCCACAAAUGCCUGUAUACCAAACUUCGAAUGGCAACACUUUAAUGGCUGCACCUUACAAUCCGUACAAUGAGUUCAAUGGCGAUCCGUCACUGUCGAUUGCUCCGCCGAAUACGGCUUCCGGUGGUGGAAUCUUCCUCCACAUGCCAAUACCAGCGCCGCCACAUACUUUUGGUAUUUACGCUCCCCCACAACCAGCAGCACCAUCAGGCGCUUCUAUGGGCUUGCAUCCCACGCCAACAUCAACAGCUGUAACCUACGGUGUAGCACCAAAUGGUGGUCCACCACAACAAUUUAUGCCAUCACCAUCAGAUGCAGUACCGAUACAAGCGCCAUCAAAUGGUUACUAUCCUACACCAGCAGAGCUUACAACCGUUGAGCCUAAUGGCACAAUGCAUGCUGGCGGCGACGGAUUACAGUUUCAAUGUAUACCAUAUCCUGGUACUGCACCACCUCCACCAAUGCCUUUUUAUUACACAGCCGGUUCUGCGGUAGCGGCAGCCGGUGGUAUGCCAAUGAAUGGUAUUGCAACGGUACCACAACCGCAAUCUUCUACUGUUAGUGUUAAUGGAGGUGGCUGUGGUAAUACAGCUGGUGUGGCAGGUGGGCCAUCUGGAACACUGGGCUACUGGUGUCAACCGCCAAAUGCUUUGCUACCACUACCGACAUCAACGCCACAAAUGAACGGCUCCUCUGCUUGCGUUUCAACAUCCAGCAACAAUAGCACGCCAAAUAUGUCCACAAACACCACAAAUAGCCGUCCACGUGACAGCAAAUAAAAACAAUUAAUAUUUCUUAUAAAACAUAACUAACUAACAGGUAAUAUUAUAAAUACUACUCUGUAAACUGUAUAUACUGACUCCAUGGCAAAAUCGUUUUAUUUGAUUUUACCAAAUGUGUUGGGUAUAAAACGAGCUGGGUUGACGAUAAAUGUUGCAAACAAAUACUUGUAUAACACUAGAAAAAAAGCUGCACUCGAUAAACGUUUUCAUGCUGAUCAUGAUUCUUUGUAUUAAUGCAAGUCACUACAGUUUU